AUGAGCGAGAACGAGGGAAGGCAACGUUGGCGAAUCUGCGAGGCGCACCGCCCCUCCGCCACCCUCCUCUCGACGUCUAACAUUCUCCCCGUCCGUCCCCCCCGGCCCUCGGAGCUCCCCCUCCCCACUCAGCAGGGUCUCUUCUCGGGGAGGGAAGAGGCGCAAAAGCGCAGCCGGAGCCGAUUCCGCCGCCCAUCUCGAGGCGCUUGCCAAAGGGCGAGGAGCCUCCGGAUCCCGUUGAUCGGCUCUGCUAGCCACCUCUGCGCCCUCCUCCGCAUCAUCAUCAUCUUCAUCAUCACCCUCGGCAGCCCCACCAUUCCUCCCCUGCUCCAGAGAGGCCCGGGUGAGUGGGGAGGGGAGCCAGCCUGGGUCGCAGGAAGCAGUCACUCCUUGGCUCAACUUCCUUCCCGGACUUGGUACUGGCCCCGGGUGGGGAAUCCGUCUCCCCUUCCUUACCCAGCCCCUUAUCCUGCUGCCAGCUACCCUAACUCUCCAUAGGGACGUGGCGGAGAAAAAAGGGUGUCUACCACGUGCGUUGCCAGAAGCAGCUGUUGCUUGGAAUAGAGAGAGGUGUGCAUCACAACACAAACCCCCCCCCCUUGGAUUUCUAAGACGUAAUUAGGCUAAACUUACGGAGCUAGUGAUAUUAGCGAGCAGACACACGCCAAGACUGAGAGACAAAAGAGGUAAGUUUUAAGAGCCCGAGACUCCUGGGGGUUGCGGGGAAGGGUGGGUUUUAUUUGAGGCCAUGGCCUGCACAGGGAUCCCUCUGCAGUUGUGAUACCUACACAUUAGUGCUGUGUGCUUCUGAGCAUGUGAAGGGUGCAUAAAUAAGCCAGUCGUUCUCUAUGAAGACAGCACUUUGCAUCAGGGAUUAGUGACAGGAUUUCCAGACAGACUUGAGUCAUACCAUGGCCUCAUCCAUCUUCCCAUACUAUAUUCAAACCAAGUGGACUCAUCCAUGUUCAUUGGGGGCUGGGGGCAAUAGGAAAAUAGAUCUAAAUAUCUCCUGAAUCUAAGCUAGGUGGCUGGCCUCACAGGAUAGUUGUGAGUCAAAAAAGCUGCACUGACUUGUAGGGGGUUUGAUGGUCUACAAAUAAGAGUUGUUUAAAGAGGACUUAAUUUUCUAAUAACUAUGCUUAGGGUGGAGAGCCUUGGUCACUUACCUUUGUUUCUCCCUCAAAAGCCACUCACUUCCGCACUUAAAUUAAUGAUGGAUGAGGACAAGGAGGACAUGAAAGAAGAGAAGUCAGAGGGGAUUCCUAUAUCUGGCACACCAACCGAGGUCAAAGAUGGGGGUGUGGUAAGUAACAGAGGCGCUUUGACACUGAAUGUUUCCCCAGAUGCCUCUGGGUUUAAAAGAAAGACUCCUUUGUGGAAAACAGACCAAACCAUCAUGUCCAUUUCUGCUCAGACUGAUAUGACUUAAAGCAAUCUCAUGCUGGGUGAUCAGCACCAUGGGAAGAUCUGGUGCCUUAAAUAUGUAAGGACCUAAUUUGGUCACCUAAUGGAUUUGUUUGUUUGUGUAUGUAUUUGUUUUCCCAUUCUGUACCUUCAGAAAUUGGAUGCAGACAGGCCAUUGAUGAAGAAUGCGGGAACAUCUCAGGGAUCCUCAGAGAUACGGCGGAAAGGGCUGCUGACUAGAGUAAAGAAGGAAAGGGAAAGAGCACAGGAGAGCAAGGUGUGGCUAUACAAGAUCUCCAGGGACAGACCUAUGAGAUUUUUUUGUUCGGAAGGAGGGUGGUGAGGUGGAAGGAAGGAAAAAUCAGGACUAGAGGUAUGUGUGUCUGUCCUGGGUGUACAGUGGUACCUCGCAAGACGAAUGCCUCACAAGACGGAAAACUCGCAAAAUGAAAGGGUUUUUGGUUUUUUGAGUUGCUUCGCAAGACGAUUUUCCCUAUGGGCUUGCUUUGCAAGAUGGAAACGUCUUGCAAGUUUGUUUCCUUUUUCUUAAAACCGUUAAUACAGUUGCGACUUGACUUCGAGGAGCAACUCAUAGCACGCGGUGUGGUAGCCUUUUUUGAGGUUUUUGAAGACUUUUGUGAUUUUUUAAGCUUUUCCAAAACUUUUCCAACACCGUGCUUCGCAAGACGAAAAAAAGUGCAAGACAAAAAAACUCGCGGAACGAAUUAAUUUCGUCUUGCGAGGCACCACUGUAAUUUGCUUCCUACUAAAUAAUUCUGGGACAGAAAAGGCCCCAUAAAAGACUGAGCCACACACAGAUUGGAGGGAAUAGGUUGGAAAAACCAGGAUUCUGAGAUCCAAUGGGAUGGACCAGGACUUCUUGGUUUGCAGGGAGUGUUUAUUGAUUGCCUUUCUAUCCCAUCCUUCUUCAAGAAGCUCAGGAUGAUGAACAUGUUCCCUUUGCCCCCUCCCCAUUUUAUCCUCACAACAACCUUGUAAGGUCUGUUAGGCGAAGGGGUGGUGACAGCCUAAGAGCACCCAGCAAGUUUCAUGGCCAUGUGAGAAUUGGAGCCUAGGCUUCCCUGAUCCUAGUGUAGCAUUCUGACCGCUAUGCUAUGCUGGCCACUUGUGUUCUGCCCUGUCCAGAUUACACAGGGUUGGUUGGUGCAUUAUUGUGCCUGACUUAAUAGAAAAACAAUAUAGUGUAGGGUUAUAGUGUUGGAUUAAGGGGUGGGAAGAGCAGGAUCAGAUAUUCAAGCUUGAUGCUGAUCCGUGACCUUGGACCAGUCAUAUUUCAUUCUCUCACACACAUUCUCUCUCAAGCUAGCCUGUCUCACAGGGUUAUUGUGAGGAUAAUGUGGGUGAGGGCUAGAACAGCUUAUACUGCCUUGAGUUCCUUGGAAAAACUAUGGAAUAGAAAUCUAAUGAAUAAAAAUAACGUAAAAUCUGCUCCCAGCUACUUUACCUCUUCUUUCAGCCUCUGCCACCUUCUCCAAUGAAAUGGACACGGCUUGCCACUUCAUGCAAAACAGAAAAGGUGGCAACAGAGAAGGAGGAAGAGCCUCCAAUUGUGGUGAAGAUGCUUGAGAUCCCAGUGGGUGACAACAUGGUGAGUAAUGAAAGCAAACCAAUGACUAGAUCUCAGGGCUACAUCUGUGCAAUGGUACCUCUGGUUACAAACUUAAUUCAUUCCGGAAGUCCGUUCUUAACCUGAAACUGUUCUUAACCUGAAGCACCACUUUAGCUAAUGGGGCCUCCUACUGCCGGUGUGCCGCCAGCACACGAUUUCUGUUCUCAUCCUGAGAUAAAGUUCUUAACCCAAGGUACUACUUCCAGGUUAGCGGAGUCUGUAACCCAAAGUGUUCGUAACUCGAGGUGUUUAUAACCCAAGGUACCACUGUAUAGCAGAAAAGGAUACACUGUAUAAAGUGCUCCUGCUUACAUCCGCAUCCCUUUCUAACGUAUAAUAUUCUUCAUUAGCAUUGCCAGCCUUCCAACCAGCCUUUUUAAAAAGCAGCUUGAUUUGGAUUUUUAUGGAGAAAAUAUGUCAUUCGUCUCCUUACUUAAAGAUUGCUGCCGCCACCGCCCUUCAGUUGAUAUUAGAACUGAAUACAGAUUUACAGAUUGAUAAAGCACUCCAGGCAUUGUAGGUCUGUAGGGAAUAGUGUUUUUCUAAGAACUGUCAGCACCAUUAACAAACUACAGCUCCCAGGAUUCUUUGGGGGAAGGCAUGGCUAUUUAAAGUGGCAUGGUACCGCUUUAAAUGUAUGGUGUGAAUGUGGCAUAAAUAACUUGCAGAAAACAGUCUUAAAAGGAGGUUGCAUAACUUACUUACAAACUGCAUAGUUGUCCCAAGGAGGAUGAUAAACAUGACGGAUAGGUGACAAAUUUCAGUUCAGCGCCAUCUUUGCUACUAUACAAGAUAAUGGGGUUGGCAGAGAGAAGAGAAUCCAUCAAUCAGGAGUUGCCAUAGCACGCUGGAUAAGAUUUUCUUAUGUACUCUGGAACAUAACACACCAGCAUGUAUACUGAAGUGAUUGGCCUGGUUAUAUUUUGUCCACAACUUGGAAAAGGGAAUUUUAGAGGCGUGAAUGUGAGUCAUCUCUACUCCUGAUAGGUGGAAGGAAACCAGUUGGGUAUCCAAGACUUGGAACAUGACAGAAAUGGAUGUUAAACAGUUUUGCCAGAUACAAGCACUCUUUGCUCCAACUUUUCAUCACAGUGAUUUUUAUCUAUAUCUAUAUCCCAUGGAAAGUGUUGUCUGCUAAUUUCUCAAGAAUGAGCCACCACUAAAUGAAUAAGAGAAUCCAUUAGAGAUAAAAACAAGAUCUUGCCUGCAAGAGUAUUGUUCUUCAACUUUUAUAGGCAAAAUCUGAAUUAUUUUGCUCUUUUCUCUUAUUAAGAAACUAAGAAUUGGAGAGCUGGAAAGGAACAAAGAGCAGUUGUGGCACACUAUGGAAUGGGCUACGUACUCACAUUGUUGCUUUUUGCUAGUACAGUGGAUAGUGUGAGAAAACUGCCGCACAGGAAGCUCAGUGGCCUACCUAUAAGCAAAAAAACCCACACAUUCUGCAUGCUGAGUGCUACAUAUAUGGUUAUCAUUUUCAGUAUUCUUCUAUAAGUUGCUUUCCUUUGGCAAAAGUCAGCACCGGUGGUGAUUUCGAUACUUUAAAAAUGGCUGUUUGAGUUGGCUGCAGAGAACCCAUCCUGUGAGGAGAAAUUGACAAAGUGGUGUCUCCCCUGGCAACCAUUUCUUACCUCCUUAGCCUUAGGCAUGCACAACAUUUGACUUGUUAGCCUUCUGUGAUGACCCUUGGUGACCUCCUGGGACAGUAAAACACAGUAGGGCUGUCCAGGAUCAUAUAGGUCACACUAUACUGUUGAUGAGAUGUACUUGGUUUAGUGCAGGGGUCACCAGUGCAGCAGCUGCCAGUGUACCCACAGUACCUCCUAUGGUGCCCACAAAAGGUCUCAGUAAAUAUCCCCUCAAAAUCCACAGUGUAUGAGACUGUUUGAUCUUCCUGCUCAGUACCUCUUUGCAUUUGUUCAUUCUCUUCUGCACAAUCCCAUAACAGCCAUUUUGUGAUGGGCACCAAUGGUACUUCUGCAGGAUUCCAAAUGUGCUCACUGCCUCCAAAAGGCUGGUAACCUCUGGUUCACAUGGGCUCUGGUUCACAUCUAGGCCUGUCUCAGCAUUUGAGAACUAUUUGACUCUAGAGGGAUAAGAUACGUGUAAAAAUGCUCACUUUUUGCUGUUUUUGCCUUUUCUAGCCAGAGUGUUCAUUCUCCCAGAAUAGGUUAAUAAUGGAAGAUGGCAGUGAGAAAGAACUGAUAAUUAGAAGAAGAGUGAAGAAGGAAAAAGAUGAGGAAGAGAAUCUGGAAUUUGAAGUGGAGGUGAGGAGGGUUUCCGCAGGUGGGAAACCCGUGAGUGGAGAUGAAGAUGGGAAGGUGAGAUGUUUUAUUUGGGCGAGGGGAAAGAAGGACCAACUUUCAGGGGGGAAAAGGAUUGCUUAACUCAGCCUUUGAAAAACUGGCCCCUCAAAUGUUUUAGACUACAGCUCCCAUCAGCCCUAGCCAGCACAGCUGGUUUGGAAUUGUAGUCAAAAACAUGUGGAGGGCACUACGUUUGCAACGGCUAGUGAAAUCAUUGUCUUGGCCAAACUUGCUCCAUUUUGGUUCUACUGCCUUGCAGGACUUGCCAUCUGAGGAAGAGAUGAAGGCUGAGGUGGAGGAGCAGAAGGCUCAAGAAUUCGAGUUGCAAAAAGUCACCAUCCCGAUAGAUGGGAUUUUGGUGAGUACUGGGGGUAGCAUAGCCGAGGGAAUGUCAGGAGAGCUUGGAGGAGAGACUUGUGGUAGAUGGAGGUGGGGGGUGAGGUGGUUCUAUUGUACUGUUUCCAUGAUCUUUGGGAAUGUUGGGUUUCUCCUGUCAGAGGCCUGAUCUGCAGUAUACAUUUAAAGCAGUAUUGUACCACUUUAAACAGUCAUGGUUUCCCUCAAAGAAUCCUGGGAACUGGAAUUUGCUAUGAGUGCUGAGAGUUCCUAGGAGACCCCUGUUCCCUCACAAAGCUAUAAAUCUCAGAGCCAUUCCCUCUUCCCAAGGAAAUAUAGGAAUUGUAGCUGUAUGAUGGGAAUAUGGGUCUCCUAACAACUCUGGACACCCUUAACAAUUUUCAGGAUUCUUUGGCAGAAGCCAUGCCUGUUUAAAGUGGUACGAUACUGCUUUAAACAUAUGGCACUGAUGGGGCCAGACUGCCAAGGCUGCAUCCUGAUGUUAGCCUUUUUUUGGUGAGUCUUGGCAGCUGUAUGGCAGGGGGGACGAUGAUGAAAGAAGUGGUAUUUGGCAAUUCUUCUGGCAUUGUACAGGACAACAUCUUACUAAUGUUAAGACCUUGUAAGUCACUGAAACUCAAGAGUGCAAUGAAGGAAUAGUAAAGAAAAAAAAUGUCUACAUGCUGAAUCCAAGAUUCACAAAAAAGGCUUGGCGUCAAGAUGAAGCCUUAACAAUAUGGCCAGAGAACCAGCAAGGGAAAAUUUGGCCACAUGCCUCUUUUCUUAUCACGCUGCUGUAGCAUUGGGGCCACCACUAGUAGGGACCCUCUUUGUUGUUGUUGUUUAGUUGUGUCCGACUCUUCAUGACCCCAUGGACCAGAGCACGCCAGGCACUCCUGUCUUCCACUGCCUCCCGCAGUUUGGUCACACUCAUGCUGGUAGCUUCGAGAACACUGUCCAUCCAUCUCAUAAUCUGUCGUCCCCUUCUCCUUGUGCCCUCCAUCUUUCCCAAGGGACCCUCUUUAGCCUUGUCUAAUCUCCUGCCAUCCCCACUUCACUUGCACACAAUAUACACUCCCUUUACAAGUAGGUCAGGUUAUAUCAUCGGCAGCCUGUUAAGCCAAAAGAGAGGCUUGCCAAGCAUAUAUUAACUUUGACCUCUGGUUUUGACCAACUCUUAAUACACUUUAGUUCCUGCUCUUAUUAAAAGAUGAUUUCUAAAACUAUGAUACAGUACAAAGAUGGACUCCUUCUUUAAAAAAAGAAUGACUUGUUUAUGUGGCAGUUUCCAGGCUAGCACGCCUCAUAUCUGUUCCCAGGGUGCCUUUUUUUACAGCAGGCUAAGCUGUCCUAAUCAUUUCCUCCAUUCCUGUAGGUGCCCUCCUCCUCCUCACACCCCAAUACCUGUAGCGUUUGUGGCAAGAGUUUUAGCCGUCGCUCAAACUUGGCCAAGCAUCAGAUCAUCCACACGGGUGAGAAGCCUUACCGUUGCAAUGACUGUGGCCGCAGCUUCAACCAGAGCUCAGCCCUCACCAAGCACCAGCGGACACACACUGGGGAGCGCCCUUACGUCUGCGGAGACUGUGGCAAGGCCUUCACGGCCAGCUCAAACCUCCUCCAGCACCGCCGUUUUCACACAGGAGAGCGGCCCUAUCGGUGUGAGCUGUGUGGCAAGGCCUUCUCCCAGAGCUCCAACUACAACCUGCACCGCCGCAGCCACACUGGAGUCACACCUUAUCAGUGCAAUGUGUGUGGCAAACGCUUUACCGGGAGUUCCUGCCUUACUCGCCACCAGAGGACCCACACAGGGGAGAAGCCAUACCAGUGCCAGGAAUGUGGCAAACGCUUUUCUGGGAGCUCCACUCUGGCCAACCACCGGCGCACCCACACAGGUGAGAAGCCUUACGGCUGUGCUGAGUGUGGCAAGAGGUUCACCCACCACUCCAACCUAGUGGACCACUGGCGGGUGCACACAGGAGAGAAACCAUAUGUUUGCACCGAGUGCGGGAAGAGCUUUCGGCUUAGCUCCCACAUCAUUCGCCACCGCCGCACUCAUGCCAAUGCCCGCGGUGCUAGCCUGGCAUAUGACAUCCUUGGCAGCGUCGAUACAGCUGGCAGUGACGCCAGCAUUAGUGCCCAUCACGUCAGCCUCCUCUAUGGAAACGCCAGCAGCACUGACGGUGGCAGCCCUCAUGGGUCCGGUCACAAUGCCCUGUGUGCCAAUAGGAGCAUCUCCAAUGGCAACAAUGAUACCGAUGGGGAAGAGGGCAGCCGGCUUCUCAUCUGCAGCCAGUGUGGUAAAGGUUUCCACCUGGAGUCCGGCCUUCAAGAAGACUCCGUGCUGGGUGAGGGACCCUAUACUUGUACUGAGUGUGGCACCAGCUGUUGGACGUAG